UUAUUUCUUGUAACACAUCACAUACAUGUGGAAGGUGGACGUGCAGGUCGGUUUUGUAUAGAGUAUGGCAGAUUAAUCAUGAUGAUCACAAAACGCUUGUAUGUUGGUGGUCUGAGCCACAAUAUAUCCGAGAAAGAUUUGAAAGACAGGUUUGGUAAAUUUGGGGAAGUUUCAGAUGUGGAAGUAGUGACUAGGAAAGAUGAAGAUGGAAAUCCGGUUAAGACAUUUGGAUAUAUCAACAUGAACGUCUCAGAUGAUGGAUUUAGAAAAUGCAUGACAGUCUUGAAUAAAUCAAAAUGGAAAGGUGGAACACUUCAAAUUGAAAUGGCAAAGGAAAGCUUCUUGCACAGGCUUGCCGUGGAACGUCAACAAGCAGCUGAGAAUGGCCAAGCUAAACAUCUUAACCAGAAUGAGAGUUUAGUUGACUCCUUGAAAGAGGCAGGAGUAGAAAACUUCCACAUGAAAGCAGCUGUUCCUGGUACUGAAAUUCCAGGACACAAGGACUGGAUUGUCAGUAAAUUUGGUCGUGUCCUCCCUGUUCUUAAUCUCAAAUGUGAAGGCAAGAGCAAGAUUUUUAAGUAUGAUCCAUCCAAACACUGCCACAACAUAAAGAAAUUUGAUACAAUGACCGAAUCAGAAAUGACUCCAGUCUCUCAGUUGACAUGGGAGAUACCUGGUGGUGAUGAUGAAAUCAGUAAAAAGAGAAGGGGGGAAUUCCCACCACAAAAAACAAAACCUAAGAAGAUCAAAAUGGAUUUGUCAUGUCCGUUGGGUACACACCUGAAACUAUGUGAAGGCCAGAGAAAUCCUACAACAAGCAGAUUAGAUAUGAAGAAUUUUGUUGGUGAUGAUAGAAUUUCCGGGAAACUAAACAUUAUGCACCUGGAAUCAAGAUCCACCUUGGAUAGUGGUGACAAUGAAAUGGUGAUCACAAAUGAAGUACCUCAUGGCAUGGAAAAAGAGACUGAAGAUGGUUUAGAGGUGGUUGGGGAUGACUUUAUAGUAAAGGCCAGCAUAUUACAGCCUGGAGAGAGCAAAAAUCUGACAACAUCUGGGCAUUUGGAUAGUGACCAAGACUAUGACUCGGCAGACACUGAUGAGAUUCUGACCCGGAGUAAAGCUUUGGAUGCUCCAGAUACUGAACAGAAUAUGUAUUCAAAACCUGAAUUGCUUGGUGAAAUGCAGUCCAACAAAUAUGAGAACACAUUAGCUGAGAAGAAACACAUCAUAGACCGUGGAAAUGGUGAGAACCCAGACAGUGACUCAGAAUCUUACAGUAGCGUGGAGUCAGAUUAUGAAGCUAUGAUGACCAAUUGUUGCAGGUUAGAGAUAUCAUUAGGAGAUCUUGAAUCGCUUGCUAAACAAUCCUUAGAAACCUCAGAUGAUGAAGUUGUAAACUCUCACGAGGCAUCACCCAAACCAAUGUCCGUUAAGUCACUACAGAAAAGGUGUAUCAACCCGGAGGACAUUUUAGCCUCUAUUAUGGAAACAUGCAGCAGUGAAGACGAAUCGGAGGGAAAGAAACCCAAACGAAAGAAGUCAAAGAAAAAGAGUAAUUCAUCUCUUCCAGAAUUUAUAGGAACAAAGAGUCUCUUUGGAGUUUCAGAUGCCUCAGAACCAGAGCCAACCCCCUGCAUGAAAACUGAUGACAGUGCAAGGGAACAAACAUCUAACACUGUCUCUAAAUCAGAACAGUGCACAUCAGAACGUCAAGCUAAGGUUCUCCUUGUAGAGCCCUCAUGUUCAGUUGCAAACUCUGAAUGCAACAAUCCAUCCAUCAGUGAUUCUUCAACCCAUGACAAGAACAGCAUUUCAGAAAAUGUUUUGACAUCCUGUGAAGACUUGGAAACUAGAGAUGAAGAAAGAAGUGAUGUUCCAGAGACCUUAGAGAAUACUUAUUCUACCAGAUUACAUGAGACAACAGAGAAACGGUCAAACAGUGAACUCUGUGAUCAAGUCAAACAUGCCACUAAACCUGAGGCUAUUUCCUCCAAAGAGCACAAUGAGGAAUCUAGACCACCCAGAAAAAAACCUAUCCGUGUUCAGGUGUGUGAUGCUGAGAAGCAAAGGCAGGACAAUGAGAGGCGUCUCGCUGCUCUAGAGCAGAGACAAAUGGAGUCUGCACAACAGAAGAAGCUUAUCCAGGGUGCACUUGCUGAAGUGGAUACACCAAAUGCAAAUAAAGGGAAACACAUAGUGUUUGAUUCUGAUAAUGAUAGUGAGGUUGAGUUGGAGGACUCCUCCCUUCCAGCCACCAGAGGAAACAACCUCUUGGGAGAGGACUCAAAGGAUACUGGCAGAAAAAAUCAAAACAAACAGGAAGUCAAUUUAAAGCCAAAAAUAUCAGGAGCUUCCAGGCUCUUUGACAGCAGUGAGGAGGAGGAUAACGCUUUAGAUGAAGAACGAUUCCAGAUUAAACCCCAGUUUGAAGGCAAAGCCGGGCAGAAGCUCAUGGAGUUACAAUCUCGAUUUGGAGCAGAUGAACGAUUCCAAAUGGAUUCAAGGUUUAUGGAUAGUGAGGAGGAGGAAGAGGAGGAGGCUCAACUUAAGAAUUCAGAUAAUAUGACGCCUGUAAUUGAGGAAACACUUGUGGAAGAAAAGAAGAAAAAUAUGGAAAUACUUCAGAGUGUUCUGAACAUAAGUAAGCAGCCCAAUUUUGCUGAGUCUACAAAGAGUAAGAUCUUCAGAGAUAUAUCAGCUCUGCAUUAUGACCCUACUCGAGAAGACCAUGCAGCCUUUGAGAAAAAGAAAGAGCCUAAAACAGAAGGGAAGGCUACCAGGCGGAAGAAACUAGCAGAGGCAGAAAAACUUCCUGAGGUGUCCAAGGAUAUCUUUUAUGAUGUUGCAGUGGACCUGAAAGAGGUGUUUGGGUCAACUUCAAUAACAGUGGAAGGAGAGAAGGAUGUGUCAUGGGACAAGAAAGAAGAGGAUGGAGAAGCAGAAAAGAAAAAGGAGGAGAGCUCAACGGCAGAGGGCAACUUAGACACGCAGUCAGGCAUUGUCUCACUUGCUGCUCCAGAUAAAGUUGAAUCAUCUGGUUUCAAGUUCUCCUUUUUUGGAGAGGAUACAGAAAUUGGGGCAGAUGCUAAUGUUAAGACCGAUGAAUACAAGAUUGAGCCAUUAAGAGGACCCAAGGUGUCAUGGCAGGGAGACCCCCGUUUCCAGGAUAGUAGCUCUGAAGAGGAGGAUACAGAGGAAAAUGAGGGAAAAAAUAAGAUCGCCUCAGUGAUUGCAGUCGAAGAUCCGAAGCCCUCCAAGAGGAUGUUGUUCUUUUUCUACCAUGAUGAUGAUCGUCUGAAAGAGGGACCCAAAAUGUUUUGCAGGCCUGCAAAGCUAGAGGAUCAAAGAGAAGAGUGGGAGGAGAGGAGGACAUCUUUAAUAGAGGAGUACAGAAAGAAGCACAAAGCCGCUAGGAAGAAAUUGAGGGAGUCUCAUCAUAACUGAGGUUGAUAUGCAGACCUAUUGUCAAGCAGACAAUUCUGUUUUAGAACAUGUAUGUAUUAUACAUUUCUCCUACUAGGAUUUUGUGAUAUCACUAGAUAGUGUCCAAGAAUAUCACUGGAAUAAUUUAUCAAAUGUGCCUUGAGGAUUUGUAAUUUGUAAAGGUUAUAUAAAAUAAAUGGAACUUUGCAUA